CAAUGAUCAACAACAUGUCCAGUGGCAACGAAUGUGUCUGAACCACUACGAGGGCGGGACCGCCAGCAAAACAGACAUGACAACACUUUUGACAGAAGUUUGUCUAGUUUGUCCUAUGGUCUGAGGUGAACUUACUUGAAAUCAUGGUGGUAAAUUCGGUACAUUGGUUUCGGAAAGGAUUGAGGCUUCACGAUAACCCUGCUCUCCAAGAGGCGUUGGAUGGUGCGGAUACUGUACGCUGCGUUUACGUGUUGGAUCCUUGGUUUGCUGGGUCUGCCAAUGUUGGAUUUAACAGAUGGAGGUUUUUACUAGAGUCUUUGGAAGACUUGGACAACAGUCUUCGAAAAUUGAAUUCAAGACUCUUUGUGGUCCGGGGACAACCAACAGACGUGUUUCCACGACUAUUCAAGGAGUGGAAUGUGACCCGGUUGACCUUCGAGUACGACUCGGAGCCCUAUGGGAAGGAGCGGGACAGUGCCAUCAUCAAGAUGGCCCGCAACUUUGGAGUGGAGACCCGAGUGAGAAACUCGCACACCCUCUACAAGUUGGAAAGGAUCAUCGAGUCAAACAACAACAGUCCUCCGCUGUCCUUCAAGCGGUUCCAGGCCCUGAUCCAGAAACUGGAGCUGCCCAAGAGGCCGCUGCAGACGGUCUCGGCUGAGCAGAUGGACCGCUGCUCGACACCCGUGGCAGUCAACCACGACCAGCUCUACAGCGUCCCCUCUCUGGAGGAACUGGGCUUUAAGACGUCUGACCAAGGUGAGGCCGUGUGGAAGGGUGGAGAGACAGAGGCUCUGCAGAGACUUCAUCGGCAUAUGAGCAAGGAGUGGGUGGGUAACUACUGGAAGCCGCGUAUAAGUGUGCGCACGUUGAUGGCGAACCCCUGUGGCCUGAGUCCGUAUCUCCGCUUCGGAUGCCUCUCCUGCCGAACGCUCUACUACAGACUACGGGAGCUCUACAUGAAGGCGCACACACACAGUCAGCCGCCCGUGACGCUCUUCACCCAGCUGCUGUGGCGGGAGUUCUUCUACACGGUGGGGACGCAGAACCCGGCCUUCGACCGCAUGACGGGCAACCCCAUCUGCGUACAGAUUCCCUGGGACAAGAACCCAGAGGCGCUGGCCAAGUGGGCCGAGGGACGCACCGGCUUCCCCUGGAUUGACGCCGUCAUGACCCAGCUGCGGCAGGAGGGCUGGAUCCACCACCUGGCACGCCACGCCGUGGCCUGCUUCCUCACCCGUGGAGACCUGUGGAUCAGUUGGGAGAGCGGCAUGAAGGUGUUUGAGGAGAUGCUGCUGGACGCGGACUGGAGCGUGAACGCGGGCAGCUGGAUGUGGCUCUCCUGCAGCUCCUUCUUCCAGCAGUUCUUCCACUGCUACUGUCCCGUGGGCUUCGCCAGGAGAAUAGACCCCUCCGGAGACUUCAUCAGGAAGUACAUCCCCAAGCUGAAGGACUACCCAAACCGUUACAUCCACGAGCCGUGGACGGCCCCAGAGAGCUUGCAGAGGGCGUGCAACUGUGUGGUGGGCGUGGACUACCCCAAGCCCAUGGUCAACCACGCGGCCACCAGCCGCCUCAACAUAGAGCGCAUGAAGCAGGUCUACCAGCAGUUCUCCCAGUACAAGGGCCUGAGUUUGCUGGAGAUAGUUCCUGUUAUUCGGGAGCAGUCUGAGUCAUCUGUUCCUAGACCCAGCAACACACCUUACUCUAGCAGCGAUGAUGCCAUGGCUCCCUCCUCCUCCACCGCCUGCCAGACAGCAGUCAGCAGGAAGAGAGAGUGGCCUACAGACCUGCACUGUGACCAGGGAGGCGUCCAGCCCAAACGGCCAUGUAGCGCCCAACGAAGAGACCCUGACCGGACUCUGACACAGUAACAGUUUCCAUGGAAGCUCUUCUCUAUGUGUCCUCCUGAAGACUGUCAGAUCCUGCACGGUACUCCGCUGGGUCAAGGCAGCAAACAGUGGACACAACAAAGGAACUCUGAGGGGAAGUGAACUUCGGGUUUAUUAAAAACAUCAUCACGAUCUUUAGUAUGUUUGCUAAGAAGCAAAACCCGGCUAGCCCGUUGCAUUCAAAGCCACUGAAUAUCAUUUCUACUGAAUAGGCUCACAGUUAACAAAAUGGAAGCAGCUCAACAUUGUUGCUCACCUCAUUGGUAGUCUCAAAUUCUGCUAUUCAAGGAGACAUUGAGAGCUGUGGAUUUAGCCUAUUUUAAAACUGCUUUUUUUAAAAAAAGCUCAUAGUGCUGCUCCCAUAAUUACUUUGUAAUAUAACUCGUUAUGAUGUUUUGUUUACAAACCGGAAGUUCGUUUUCCGCUGGAGUAACCCUAUAAGAAUGCACCUUAGUUGUUAAAAAGCAGCCUUCCUUCAUUUCUUCUUAACUUUAUGUGUGGUAUCUGCACCAUUGUAUCUCUUCACAAUCCAAUGGGUUGUUGUUGGUCUUUACGAUGAAGUCACUUUGUGUUAGCCACUGCUAAAGAGUGUCUGAAAACAGUUUUUAUGUACUUUUUGUUUUCCAAAUCAUGUAAACAGAGGACCCUAGACAGUAUUUUAUUCAUAAGCAUAUUCCAAAUUCAGCAUCACCCCUGGCUAUGAUGUUGGCUUACACUGCUUUGGCAUUUCCCCCCACGUAUGAAUGUAAAGGAUGUGCGUCUAGCUCCGAAAUACCUGCACUGAGGACUUGGGCAAAAAGUGGAAUGUUUUUAGUCAUGAGGGAAAAGUCUUUGUUAUUGUGGUUAUAUUAAAAUCGUGGUAAAUGAAAGUCAUAUUGCAUUAGCUGUAGUGAAUGAGUGAAAUUCAAAAUUUGAAAACGAGUCAAUAUUAAGCUCAAAUGGAUUCGAGCAUCAUAUACGUGCCUUACUCCCAAAAUGCAAAAAGGAGGGGCCCCAUGAGACAGGGGGUGGUGGUUGGUGGAGACGACAUUUCAAUCAUCUGUUUUUAGCUGACUGUAUAGUUGUGUCACUAAGUUUGACAUAAGUCCCCCAACUGGUUCUGAUCCAUUAGCAUUUAAAGGCAUACAGUAGAUAUUGUGUAGAGGCUCCUGUUGUUCAUGUAAUCUCUUCCUCAUGUUUUAAAGUCAUGCAAACGUAAUACAUGAAUCUAAUAUUCUUGCGAUUUUUUGGAGGAUAUCGUUUGAGGUAGCAAUAGAAUGCCACAUGUCGAAGGGCAAAGGCUUUCUUCUUGAUAUCAUAUGCAUGAAUAUAUAAUAUUGUGUAACAUAAAUACACAGGUUUGUAAUAAAACAUUUGUAGUCAAGAAAUAAAAAUAACAAAACAAACAAAAAUAUAUAGGCAUUUAAGGUUCAAAUAUGUGUCAUCUUUCAGAAUCACAAGUCAGUCAUGCCCUCAUACCAAAAGCCGCAUAUUAUGUCAAAAUACGGAAUAGUUCAUGUACACAGCUUAGUGUGAGGUUAGUUCUAUAUCCUGUCCUAGCAGGCAGGUUAUAAAUGGUUCAUAAUUAUGUAAUCAAAUUCAGGAUCCAGCAGUGGUCACAUACGUACAUACACACAUGAAAGUGAUGCAUUCUAGUGCAUAUGUCAUUUUAACACUUUCUAAUUGGUAUGUACAGUAUCUGGUUGUGGAGUUCCCUGCCACCACAACACAAAACAGAUGUUCAGCACCUGGUGGAUUUUAAGUCUUACAAAAGGGUUUCAUUCUUUUGUUCAUAUAUUUUGAAGAAAUGCACUCAAUUCCAAAUUGUUAAGGUCAUCGGAUGUGAGCAACUGAAUCUGUACAUUUGCUGUAAAAAAGGCACACUCUGGACUACAGUCUUCAGUUUCAACAUGGACUACAGACUUCAGUUUCAAAAUAAUCCAUCUUUGGCGUGUUAACUUCAAACUAGAGGAACUUCAAACUAGCAAGAAUUGUAGUCGAGAGUUUGGCUUCUCUACAACAGUCUUUUGUUCUUUGUCUUAGACACACACCCCAAAAAGUUGUUUUGCACAUCAGAUUUUGCCGAGCAGAAGAGGAUAGCCUUCUCAAAACAUUCUGCCGUAUCUCCUCCAGCUUGCUACAGUACCUUUCAUUUGAGCCUUUCUUUUAAGUGGCAGCUUUGGACUGUUGACUGUAAGAUAGUGUCAGCAUGUCAUCGUGUGUGUGUGUGCGUGCGUCCGUGCGUGCGUGUGUGUGUGUGUGCGUGCGUCCGUGCGUGCGUGUGUGUGUGUGUGUGUGUGAAAAUAUGUGUUCAGCAACAAAUACGGAUACAAAAGAGAGCUUUGUGUACUCCAGAAUAUGCUAUAAUAUUGAAAGACGUUUCUAAUCUGUUUGUAAAUAGUAAAUAUUUAAGGGUAAACCAUUUCUCCUGUUUUUUGUUUUGUUUUUUUGUAAUCCAUUACAUACAAUGGGCAAGGACUUUGGCACAGUGCAUAAUGCUUUGUUUGCUUUUUGAUCCGAUCUCUUGUCAACAGUCCAGUCAGUCAUCUUCAAACAAGGCGUUGCUUAGUCAUGUAGCACACAUAUUCUGUGUUUGUCCAGCUGCAUGCAUGAGGGCAUCCUUACAUGACUUGUCUGUCUAAUACGUAUGUGGUGUUCAUAGAUACUUCAACUUGUAUGUCUUGUCACAUUCAGGCUCCAGCCUAGUUAUCACAAAGCAGUGUCCUCCAUUGACAAUGUGAGGUAACAUGAGAAUUGAAAGACUCCAUUGUUGAGCCAGCUAGAUGUUGCUUGCUGGACAAUUGGCUCUGUGAUGGCUAUCAAAUUGCUUUCGUUCCUCAUUAGUCAAGUGGCAGGAAAUCGAUUGCAGAACAAAUAUGCAAAUCUCUACUUGAGGUUCUUUUAUGUAAUAUAAAAAAACAACUGAUUCAGCAGAAUCAUUUGCCAUACCAGAUUUGUAAAGUCAAACAUGUGCUUAAAUGCAUUGUGCUUAGGCUUUUCAUUUUUUGUAAUGAUGUAUGCUAUUUUUUUCCAUUUCUAUUUAAUUUGUAAUAUGUAAAUAUGUUUUCUUCCCGUAUUAAACUUCCUCCAAAGCC